GGGCGAUUGAUUGCCACAACAUCAUUGUGAAGAAAAAUUUAGCAGCAUGACGUCUUCCACGGCGACAUAUAUCGUGCUGUCUGUUAAUAAACCAAAACAAAUUUCAAAAUGAAACGGGGCACCGGUAUCAGCACCCAACGUCUCAAUACUCUGUCUACAGGAAGUAUUUAUUCCGAUGAUAAGGCACCUGAAUGGAAUUUGAAGAGAAUUUACGGGAGAGAAAAAGAAUCUAAAAUAAUUCAGAACUGUGUCGACAAGGGAUCAAACGGUGUUAUAAUUUUGAAAGGAUGUUCCGGAAGUGGAAAGUCAUUCUUUGUUGACGGGCAGCACUUUGAGGAGGACGGAUGGAUAUAUGCCACAGGAAAGCACGAUAUGCGCAGGAAACAAGAACCAUAUUCGGCACUCAUCGACGCCCUCGAUGGUCUUGUUGCCAAAUGGAUGGCAAAUAAUUCAGCUGCACAACUGUGUAGGAUGAAUUCAUUCAAUAACUUGCUGGUCGAUGAUAUGGAAUUCUUAGAAACAAUUGUACCCAAAAUGUUUCGAGAGGUGAAAGCUGAAUGUUACAAAUCUCGACCUAAAGGUCUCCAAACAACAUCUUCACAAUUUGGGACCGAAGCUACUGUCGACUCGAAAACAAUCAACGCUGCGUUUUGGAGGAUAAUGUCUUUCCUAUCCGAGUCAAAACCGAUUAUUUUCUUUUUAGAUGAUCUCCAAUGGGCCGACCAGGCCAGCUUGGAUGCAAUUCAAGCACUAUCUACGACGGGAAAUAUCGAGGGGUUCUGGCUAAUUCUUUCAUAUAGAGAUGAGGAAGUAAGCGAAGGGGAUCCCGUUUCUACAUGUCUUGAUUUUAUCAAAGAAGAAAACGAGUGUGUAGAAACAAUACAUAUCACUAAUUUAGAUGAGGAAAACGUCAACAACAUUGUUUGUUCGCUUCUGGAACAGGAUCCAGAACAGACAUCAGAACUUUCGAAGGUGAUUCAUAACAAGACCGCAGGGAAUCCAUUCUUUGUCAUUCAGUUCAUGAAAAUGCUUCGACACGAAUCUUUCCUAAACUACAAUGCUAUGAUUCUUCAAUGGGAAUGGGGAGAUGUAGGGAAAAUGGAGCAAAUUGUACACGUUUCGGACAAUGUAGCCGAUAUCAUUGCAGCGUCCAUGUCAAAAUUAACAGAAUCGAGCCUCUUCGCUCUUCAGAUGGCGUCUUGUCUGGGGAAAGUCGUACCCAUGCAGGUACUGAUUGAGUUCAUAGGCACCUGUGUAGUUGAAGAAGCAAGCAACGACGAGGAACUUGCCAUAUGUGGCGCUUUAGUGGGAAUUCAACUUCAAGGACUAAAAGAUGUUUUUGAUGAGGCUGUAAAAUUUGGUAUACUGGUACGCCUUGAAGAUGACGAGACAUAUGUUUGGGCUCACGACAAAUUACAGUUUGUAGCAUAUUCUAUGAUUCGAAGAAAGAAUCUCAAUAAGGUCCACAAAUCACUUGGAAUGAUUCUCCGGAAUAUGUACGAAUCGAACCCCGAAAAUUGCUGGGCGCUAUACAUGGCAGCUGAUCAACUUAAUCGUCUUACCAAUGUAUGCGAUGAUAAUCUCAAUGCAGAUAUUGCACUUUCAAGUCUCCAAGCCAGCAAAAUAUCAAUAUCUAAAUCUGCUUUUUUUCCUGGUAAGAAUAAGUACGAAGUACGAAAACAGAUUUCUUGAAGUGACAUGGUGCUCAAUAGAGUGUUUGCCACUUAUUUUUUUUAUUUUUAUCAGCCUUGGAUAUGUUGCGAUCUGCAGCAGAGCACCUGACAGCAAUAGCUGAUCCCUGGAAAACAAAUUAUCAAUUGAGUCUAGAGGUUUUGAGCUCGCUUGCUGAAAUGGCGAUGCGAUUUGGGAGUCACAAAGAGGCAAUAAAUGCAGCUAUACAAGUAGAUCGAAACGCAAAAAUAUUAGAGGAUCGAAGCCGAGCACAAUUCAUCUUUAUUUUGCACAAACUUGAGGGCGGCAAUCGGGAUUACAAAGGUGCGGUAGAAUCGAUCAAAAGCAUUCUGUUGGACUAUGGUGUCAAAUUCCCGACCAAAAUUAUGCCAGGGCAACUAAUUUUGGAGUAUAGAAAGUUGCGGACUCGAUUGGGAGGUGCAGGUGAAGCAUUUUUGAACCUUCGGCAUCUAAACGAUGCUCAUCCUAAAGAUAGGAGGACAAAGAUCAUCAUAAUACUACUUGCACGGCUCAUCGAAUAUCUGGAUCAUGGCGAGAAGACGACGGAUUUACAAUCGUAUGCAGCAAUGCGCAUUUUAAAUAUAUCGAGCAAAGAAGGGACAUGUGCUGCAACCGCACUUGGAGUGGCGUGUUUUGGAUCCAAUAUGAUUCAAGAUGGACGCGAAUAUGACGCUAGAGAAUUCGGGGAAUUAGCGAUCAAACUUGUGGACUCUUUCCCAUCAAAAGUUGGCAGCUGCCAUGCAUUAGUUCAUUCAUGGGUAGCAUAUGGGGUUUUAUCUCAAGCCGUACCUUUUCAUGAUUUGUUGGAUCCAUUAUUGGACCUUAAUCGUAUUUCUUUGAGAGGUGGUGGAAUAUCUGAAGGAGCAAUGGCAUGGAUUGGUUACGCUUAUACCUAUAUGUGUGUGGGGCUUCCGCUUCACCCUUUAGAUUUGGACCUCCUGUCGUUUUCAAAGAAUGCUCGUCAAUUUAGGUUACCCGCCACUUUUAAAGUGUUAUUUCCCAUCAUCCGUCAGGCGAUCCAAAAUCUUCAAGAAUUGAAAUCCAAUCCAACUUUGCUGAAGGGUGAUGCUUUCGAUCAGGAAAAGGAGCUCAAGAACUUCAAAGAUUUAGGACACAAAAUGACCCUCCGUGAUAUUAACUCUUUCAGGCUCAUGUUAGCUUGUAUUUAUCAAGACUGGAAAAUAGCUGAAGAAUUGGUGGUGGCGCUAGAACCCUACCUUCAUGGUGACAAAUUGUUUAUCAGAGGACACAUUUUGCUUGUCUAUAUGGGAUACGCUUGCAUAGUUUUGAGUAGAAGGGCAAAUAUGAUAACGAGGCUUCAUCAUCGCCAAUUGGGGAGGAAAAUCAUUAAAACAUUCAAGGAUCAACUCAAGAAUGGAUCACCAAAUGCUCUUCCAGUAGUCAUGAUGCUCGAAGCAAUCGAGUCUCCAUCAAAAGAACGUUUUGAUGAAGCCAUUCGAGUCACAGCCAGACUAGGAAUGGUCCAACAUGCAGCUGUUGUUUACGAAAAUGCCGGACUAUUCUUUACGGAGCAAGGUAAUGAAGGAUUGGCGGAAUACUACUUCUCCGAAGCGUCCAAGCUGUAUACGGACUGGGGAGCAACUGGUAAAACGAAAGAUAUGAUAGAAAAGCACAACUUUUUGGGUUCGUCUUCAUUGAACCGAAACCAGAGUAACGGUUUCAUAAAGGGACGCACUCGCUUUUCUCCAGAGACUAUGCUUUCGAUGCAAGAAAUAAAAAUUGGACCCGGGUCCUCAGAGCGUAUAUCCGACAUUACCGGUGGCAUUAGUAAAGGAAGUAAUUUGAGCUCAAGUGUAGCAUCCACACUUUUUUCAACCAGCAAGUGAAGUCUUUCUCUGCGAAAUAGGAGAUUGGAAAAACCACGGCUUGAACCAUCGGAAUGACCGCAAGCUAUGAUUCUUUGCAAUAUAUAUGAUUUUGACCU